AUGUUCCUCAUCUACCGCACGCUGAAAGAAAGUCGAAACAAUCUCCUACUACAAAACUCCAGCAACUCCAGCAAAUACUCUUCAGACUUUCACCGGAAAAAGAUACGUAAAUGUCAGUCACGUGACGACGAUGACGUAAUUUUCAGGAGAAAUAGUUCCGCUUUUACUUUCUGGCCUGAGACGUACAAUUUAAAUAAUGUUAGCGUGGCUGAUCAUCAAACCGGAAACGAAGAGGACAACAACUUGAACAGCAACAUAAAAAACAGCACUAACAAGCAGCUAAGUGGUUACGCCUACCAAAGUGGCAACGACGUGGCCAGCAAAGUUGUGGCGCUCUAUCGCGAUGGACUUGAAAUCACGAAGAUAAGUCAGUGUACCAAAACCAAGCCGUGUCCGGGUGAUAAAUUUAGCUCUUGCAUCAGAGCCAACAUUGAUGAUGUCAACAAUUUUAAUACUAAUGACAAUUCUGAUAAAAGUUCUAAAAACAUUGCAAUGUCUAAUAAAGACAGCAGUAUGUACAUCAAUAAACACGACCUUAUCGCAUUGAAAAAUUUCAAUACUGCCUUCACUAGUAGUAGCAGCAGCAGCAGCAACAACAACAACGCUAACAAUGCAUUUAUAUGCGGUAUUCAAAGCAACAACAUAAACAACCACAACAACAACAACAUGGCCAAUGUAAACAUAAAAAUCCAGCGAAAUAAACAAACAAACAAUCCCAUGGCGCAUCACGUGUGCACUUUAUUUCAAACGGAAGUUGACCAAAGACAGCAAAUAAACACAUCCGCUCAUUCAUUUCCGGUUGAUCAGAAUACAAGAAUACAGGAGAGCAUCAUCACAAACACCGAUGACCGGUCCAUCACCUGUAUCCCGGAACUCCAUGUGAUUGACGCCAUUUUGGUUACGUCAGAAGGAAAAGAUUAUAAAUCAACAAAAGAUAACAAACUUGACAAUAAAAAAGCUGUUGAUGAUGUUAAUAACAAUUUUAUUAGAAACGACUUAAUAGAUGGAAUUUCUGAGAAGAUAACAUGA